AUGAUGGCCACCGCGCAGACUCUCACCAACCCUGGCCAAAUCUCCAUUUACGGCCACCCCUCCCCGACAAACUCCAACACCAAUACUCCUGCCAACGGCUCSCCCACCYCACCACACCUGGCCUCAGCAAACGUCCUGCUACCCACUCAGUCUCGCCAGAUUCGCCCUCCCAAGGCGCCGCUGUAUGUUCCCGCCGUGCUGCGUCCGACCGAGCGACCCAGCAGACCUCAGACUUCCACAGCGCCGACCACCAGAGAUCCGUCGCCUAUCACCCCUCCUCGGAGCGUGCACGGUUCUCUUGACUCUUUGAAUGAAGACCCUGCUCCGGUCGAGUAUCAGGCGAACUUCCAGCCGAAGAAUACCGUGAGCAAGGUCGCCGAGGAUGCGUGGAAGAAAGGCGAGCGCCUGGGCGAGGUGACGGGAGUACCGACACGCGACCACUGGAAGGCCGACUCUGCUUCCCAAACGUGCGAUUCACCCACGUGUCGCUCCUCGUUUGGCAUCUUCACCCGCCGCCAUCACUGUCGUCACUGCGGCCACGUCUUUUGCUCCGGUCAUACUCCCUACGUGGUCCCUCUUGACCAGAAUGCGCGCUUUCACCCUGAAGGGUCCGCUUCUCGGGCUUGCGAUCAGUGCUACAAGGCGUAUCAGCGAUGGGAAGACGGUCGGGCUGCGGGUAUGACCCGAAUUCAGCAGAAGCUCGAUGCCCGCCACAUCCAUGCCCACACCGAACAUGAGGAACAAGCCGACGACUCCGCAGAGGUCCCUCAUCGCCAGACGGAAUUCACUGUUGCCAGCAGUGUUCCUCGCGACUGGAAUUGGAGCACCUUUUAA